UGUUAUCGGCAGAGGAAAAAAAAUCCUUACAGUCGCCAUGAUACAGCAGCGGAAACUGGUGAGAAGUGGCUAGAAAACAAAAGAGAACACGCAGUCGUCCUCGCGAUUUGGUAUGGUCUUGCAGUGUUAUAGGAAUGCCCAAGGAAAAAUAUGACCCGCCGGAUCCCAGGCGGAUGUACACAAUUAUGUCUAGCGAGGAAGCAGCCAACGGGAAGAAGUCAUACUGGGCUGAGCUGGAAAUCAGUGGCCGAGUAAGGAGUCUCAGCACAGCCCUGUGGUCUCUCACCCACCUCACUGCCCUGCACGUCAGUGACAACUCAUUGUCACGCAUCCCGCCAGACAUUGCCAAACUACACAACCUGGUGUAUCUGGAUCUCUCAUCCAAUAAGAUCAGGAGCCUGCCGGCAGAGCUCGGCAACAUGGUGUCUCUCAGGGAACUGCUUUUAAAUAACAACCAGUUGCGGGUUCUGCCAUUUGAAUUGGGGAAACUGUUUCAGUUACAAACACUGGGGUUGAAAGGAAACCCACUUGCACAAGAAAUUAUGAGCCUCUACCAGGAACCCGACGGCACGCGGAGACUGCUCAACUACUUGUUAGACAAUCUGGCCGGGGCUAUCAAGCGCAUGCCAACAGAGCAACCCCCAGCUCGGUCAUGGAUCUCUCUCCAGGAACUAGACAGAACGCGACCCUCUGCACUGUUCUCUGUGAUGUGCUACAAUGUGCUGUGUGAUAAGUACGCCACACGACAGCUAUAUGGCUACUGCCCAUCUUGGGCUCUAAACUGGGAGUAUAGGAAGAAAUCCAUCAUUCAGGAGAUCCUGGGCUGCAAUGCAGACAUCAUCAGUUUGCAGGAAGUUGAGACAGAGCAGUACUACAGUUUCUUCUUGCCUGAGCUGAAAGAGCAGGGUUACGAGGGGUUCUUCAGUCCAAAAUCACGAGCCAGGACCAUGUCGGAGUCGGACCGUAAACACGUGGAUGGAUGUGCAAUUUUCUACAAGACGGAAAAGUUCAGCGCAGUGCAGAAGCACACAGUGGAGUUUAACCAGCUGGCCAUGGCUAACUCCGAGGGCUCAGAGGCAAUGCUGAACAGGGUGAUGACCAAGGACAACAUCGGGGUAGCUGUACUGCUUGAGGUCCGCAAAGAGAUGAUGGAGGUCUCCUCUGGGAAGUCACUCCAUGGCAUGGAGAAGCAGCUGCUCCUGGUAGCAAAUGCUCAUAUGCACUGGGACCCAGAGUACUCUGAUGUGAAGCUGGUCCAGACCAUGAUGUUCCUGUCAGAGGUGAAGAACAUAGUGGAUAAAGCCACACGCAGCCUCAAGUUGUCCUCUGUCUCUGGUGAGACCAAUGCCAUUCCGCUGGUGCUGUGCGCUGACCUCAACUCCUUGCCUGACUCUGGCGUGGUGGAGUAUCUUAGUUCUGGUGGAGUUGACUGCACCCACAAGGACUUCAAAGAGCUUCGUUAUAGCGACAGCCUGACCAAAUUCAACUGCAAUGGCAAGAACAGCACGUCCAAUGGCAGGAUCACCCACGGCUUCAAGCUGAAGAGCGCCUACGAGAACGGCCUGAUGCCUUACACCAACUACACCUACGACUUCAAGGGUGUCAUUGACUAUAUUUUCUACUCCAAGCCUCACCUGAACGUGUUGGGUAUCUUGGGCCCACUGGACCCACACUGGCUCGUAGAGAACAAUGUCAGCGGCUGCCCACAUCCCCACAUCCCCUCCGACCACUUCUCCCUCUUUGCCCAGCUGGAGCUGCUCCUGCCCAACAUGCCCCCCCAGGUCAAUGGGCUCCAUCUGCCUACACGCAGGUAGUGAGUCCUUGCCACACCACCAGAGAGAGCUGCAACCACAGCCGCUCCCUUUCCAACCCUCCUCCCUCCCACUACCAGCUCUUCCCUCCACCACCCCGGAGGAGGAAGACAAAAAAACACAACCUGUAAAAUAUUCGUACAGUGAGGUCUGGCCGACAGGGAUUUCGUAUAAUGUUAUAGAUAUUCUAUAUUUUUCUUUUUUCUUUCUCCGUUUUUAUUUUUUGUUCUUUUUUUAACUGCUCGAUUCAGUCCUGUUGGUGUAUCAUAUUUUGUGUUUUGGACUCCCUUUCCUCCUCAAAUCCACCCACCCACCCACUUUGCUUCUGUCUCUGAAACUAGAAGGGAUGGUAGCUCAUUCAGAUUCGUCACCUGGGGCACUGUUUGGUUUAAGAGCAAGGGAAAACGCCAAAGUGGCUGAGGGGGUGACAUUCACCAGAAAAGCUCCAUAGCUGAUGGUCUGCCUGUCUGUCUGUCCUGUAUAAAUUUGAAACCAGCAAAGACAGCAGACUUGUCAGUCUCAGACCUCCAUCAUUGGCUUGUGCUCGUUUUCCCCUGUACUCUGGGCAGCCAGCGUACUUUCUCAGUCUUUCUUGGAUACACACGUUUGUGGAGUUAGUGCAGCUUUUAGCUGGUAGUUAAGCGUCUCUGGAAUGGGAUGUAGUGCAGCUGGUAUGAGACAGGAUUUCCUGCUGUCCUUCUGUGGUGCUCAGGCCUUUUAUGUGGUCACGGCCUCCCGUGGUGCUACAAGGUAGUCUACACCUCUGGCCCUGGCGCAUUAGCUACCAAAACCCACAGAUGCCUCAAGAACCAGACGUCCGCAAACAACAUUUGCCUGAUGUCACAUGGGCAAUGUACGUAGUGUUAAUUUGUGAAGAAAGGAUAAGGUGAGAAACUGAGAGCAGCUACCAUCGUGUUUGCAGACUGUUCACCCCAGCUUAUAUAGUUGUUAGGCUAGUCCUGUGCUUAGGAGCUCAUGUGGCCCAUGUACCACAAUUUUUGGUCCAGGGGCAAGGGAUUUAGGCUGAUGGGCAAAACGGUGAGGGGCGUUCACAAAUCUUUUUUUAUUUGUCUUGAUUGCUUUUAGGCAGAGAGAGCGAGCAAUGGCUAAUACGCAGGAGUAAAACCAGCAGUCCUCUCACUGUCUGGAGUUGCUAUCUGACUCCACACAUGCAAGCUUACACACACUCACGCAUACACACACAACACAGGUAAUAUACAGGCAGAUCUGUAGCACCGUCUCCGAGGCCAGUAGUGACUUUCCCCAGCCAUAAAUUCCAUACACAAAAGCAGUGGGGUUUUUUCACAAGUGUUUGUACAGAAUAGAAAUCUAGACUCAGUCUUUACAUGAUUGUAUAUGAACCACAAAAGACCUGUUUUCUGGCGUUUUUUGUACUAAGAGUAAAUUAUGAUCAGAUUUGAAAAAAAAGAUUGUAUUGUAAACUAUGGCUAAAUUUUUAUCCAGUUAAUGUUAAGAUGAAUUGAUAUUACCAGCUUGUACAAAAGACGUAAGAAGAGGUUGUUCAAGGUGUUCGCUGUCACUAUUGCACUCCCUAGAGAUUAACUAAUUAAUCUAUCAGUAUUUUUUUUUCUCCCCACCACCCCCCUCUGAUUUGCCGGCAUAUUGCUGCAAUUUGUAAAUAGACACUGAGGAAACUCUGCCUGUUGCUUCUUGCCCAUUAAGAAAGCCAUCUAUCCACUCUGCUGCCAUCAGUUCAGACAAAAGGACACGCAAGGAUGAGUCACAGCCCACCUGUGGCUACACAUCUGUUCAUCUAUAUAUUUCGCACACACUCCCACUAGUGAUGUGUGACUGAUACAACCUCUAUAAAUCCCACAUGUUCAACAAAACAUCGUGCCUCACUGUAGCAGUUGUCGUUGUCUUGCACUAUUUACAUUUGACGAACGCCUGAACAACCUUUUCUCCUUUUAUUUUUAAAUACUGUUUGAGACAUUUGUGAAGAUUUUAUGUCCUUUUUAUUGUUUUUUUUUUUUUGUUAAUGUUUCCUUUUUAUGAGCUGUGACAAUGUUAUGAUGAUGUGUAUAUUCUUCCUUAUCAUUGAGCUCUCUAGUAAUCAGGUAUGCUUUCUCCUCUGACCCUCUUUCCUCUCCUUAAGGAACUUGAGUAGGAUGUCUUCUCUUUGUGAAAUUCACUUCUGAUUGUUUUGCUCCCUCUUCGUACCUUAGCACAGCUCCAUGCCCAGACCCCCAAAAUAGUUGGCCCAUAGUUCCAUCCUCGGCCGUGAAUUUUAAAUCUCCUUCAACUUGUCCAUAAUCUUAUACCCCACCCUCAACCACCCAAUCUCAAACCCACUCUCAAACCCACUAUAUUGCUCAAGCUGUGUCUUUUAAACCCCUUUGCUCAACCACUUUGUAUAGUUCUCUUACCCUCGUCACUGCAGCUAUAGUGCCAUCUGUGGACCCCCUACCUCUGUUUUGGAAAAGGUGGAAGGCCCACUUUGCUCUGCUUUUGGGUGAACAAGGGAUUGAGGCGCUGUGAUCUCAGCUAUUUCUCUGAAAGCAAGGCAAGCGCGUUGCUAUGAAUCAAAUUUGUUGCAUCCCAAACAAACACAAGUGAAAUCUGUCAGUGGUGAGACGAUUUAUUUCAACAGCCACACUUUUACACUGAUAAAAUGGACGAUGAGCACUUAGUAGAUUCAGGCGUAGCUCCCCUCACACCCUGUUCAUCAUAUUAGCACAUAAAGAUCUCCAUUAUUUUAAUGUAUAUGUUAAAAUUACAUUUUUAAAGCAAGAGGGAAGCAAGUAAAAAGGAAGUAUAUUCCUCAGAUCAAGGUCUCUUGUCCCAUUGAUUCCCUCCCCAUGCUUUUUAACCUUUUUGUUUGUGUCCAGUAUGAUAAAUUUUUUUUCCUGAAUGGCAUUAGUAUUGUAGUAGAUUUAAAGGCUAGCUUUUUUGUAAAGUGUGAAUAAAAGAUGUAUCUCAUGUUUCCUUUCUAAAAAGAUAUUGAAUUGUGUUGUUGUUGUGUAAAUCAUGAAUUCUAUGAUGGUAUGUUUGCUGCAUUGUUUUUACUCGAUAACCCCCCCCCCCCCCCCCCCCCCCAAAUCACAAACCAAAUCCUUUGUAGAAAUCAUGACGAGACAUAGUUUGGAUUGAGUUGAUUAGAGGAGUUGAAUGUUCCUGAUGAUGCCUCGUAGAAUGACAGAUUUCAUGCAUAUCGGAAGAAAAGUAUCUGUAUUGUUGGUAUCGGUAAAAACAAAAAAAUCACCACAGGGAUAUUCAGUUUAUUUGUUCUCUUUACUUUUGAGCUUUAUUUUGGAUGUUGCAUGGCACUAGCUGGAGAGUGCUAGUGCCUGUAGGGUUAGGGCAGCAGAGCUGUCUUACUAGUGGCUGCAGUUCAGUACUAGAGAACACCGUUCUGACUGGUGUAAAACGUGUUUGUAAGACUAAGCUAAUGAACUGCCGCUGGUCGCUAGACUGGUCCUGUGAUGACUUUAAGUACAACUAGUCCAUCUCACUCUGUUCUUGUGUGUCACAGUGGGUAAAUCUGUUACACUAGUUAGCUACCAUUGAGUCACUGAUUUGACUCUUAAAUCUUUUUUGGUUGUUGACUUCCCCCUGCCCUGCCCUCUACAUCACCCUCUUUUUAAAACCACAGACUACUGCUUCUGACUGAAUAUCUGGUGAACCGUUGAGCUGAGUUAUGUCACCCUAUAAGUUUCGGAGAGUGAUCACAUUGUUGGCUUUGUACUUUCCACUGUUGCAUUGUGUUUCAUAGUUGACUUUUUUAGGCGUACAGUGAUUAUUUUUUUUCCCCAGGCUGCACAUCUAAUGGUAAUGGUGCACACCAAAGCUGCUUGUAGUUCAGUUCUGUGUUGUAGAGCGCGUUUUUUUUUUGUUUGUUUUUUUUACCAACCAGUCACAUUUUUUUCUGAGAUCAUAGUGUUCACGAAAUGUAGGGCUGUUCAGGAAAGCAAGGUACUUUUUGUCCUUUUCCUUGAAUCACAUGAACAUCUUGCAUCCAUAUUUGUACUUAUCACCCAUGUUGGAGUUUGGUUUUGCGACCCAUCAUCUCAUUUUAAAUGCAUCCUUUUCCAAAAAAAACCAACUUGGCAAUAAUAACCAGAAACGUUCAACACACGGUCAGAAUGGGUUUUUAAAUAUUUUACCUGGAAAAUGUAGCUAUUUCGCCUUUCAAACUGGUUGUUGUUUUGCUUUUUGAACACCCAUCGUCAACCUCCUAGACUGUUUUGUUACCUGAGCACCUUUUUUGAUGCCCCCCCUUUCUCAUCCAUCUUGUAUAUUUGCUCAUCUCCUUUUCCCUGCUGAUCUAGUGGUAGUUGUUCAAUGAUCAGGAUUGUCUAUCUGUAGUCAGCUAAGUACAUAUAUUGAUCUGUGUCACUGUGUAUAUGCACUGGACCAACUAUUGUUUACCAUUCAUGAAAUACCAGCAAAAAAAAGAAUGACAAAACACUUGCACAAUGUUGUAGAAUGUCCAUUAACCCAGAUGAGAAAUCAAGGCAGCUGUUUUCAAAUCAACACAUACUGUUUUAAAAAGAAACUGAAUGGUAAACAAUGCUUUCUGUUGUACCCCUUAGCCGUCCUCUCGAUUCUCUUUGGACUAGUUUUGUUUUAUUUUUUCCGUUUGACUACAGGUUCUGCUUUUUUCCUUUACACCUACCUAUGUAUUUUCCUACUUCUGGUUGAAAAUAAAUUCUAUAUUAUCUGUUUCAA